UUGAGCCCCAACUGCCCCUGAGCACUUUAAUUUCAGCUGGGGAGUCAGGGCAGUAGGAGCUCUAGCUGGGUCCUAGGGACAGUUUGUCAUGUGUGUGGGAGUUAGCCAGCUGGGGGGAGGUUUGGAAUAGGAGGAAUGAUGACUUAAAUGGGUUCUUGGCCCUCAUACUAGCCCUCCUCUACCUGUUUUUCUGCCCUAUCCCCCUUGCCCUAAUCACAGAGAUCACUAGAGACUACUGGGUCCCUCCCCCAACCCAACUCUCAUUCUAGAUGAGGCUUCUAAGAACACUGCUCCACUUUCUAUGGGAGAAGGGGGAGGUAGAGGCUAGAGAGGCAGCAGGGAGAGGGGACUGAGUUUCCUUAGAUAGGAGAGGAAUUAUCUGGAUGCCUGUUUUCAUUGCCAUUUAGCAUUUAUUAACCGUCUACUACAUACAAGAUCUUGUGCUUGUUGCUGAGAUAAAGACAAAAACAGACCACCUCCUUUCCAGGGUUUACAUUCCGCUGGAUUAGGGAAGAUGUAUAACACAGAUAAGUAAAUACAGUAUAAUAUGAGGAAGAGGGAGGGAGGCCCUUAACAAAUGGAGGGAGGAAAGAACCCUUCACUGGAAUGGUGGUACUUGAGAUGAGUCUUGAUUAUGAGUAGCCAAAAUGAAGGGAAAUGAUGAAUUCCAGGCUUAGGAAACAGCCUGUAUACAAAGGCAGAGUGUAGGAAGAUUGAAUGUCCAGUUCAAAAAACCUAUUUGGAAAAGGGAACAGGUCAAGAGACCUGUUGGUCAUAGGGCCAGUUCACCUGAAUGUAAAUGCUUGUGAAGGGACUAAGUUUCCAUGCUUCCAAAGCUGGAAAAGUAGAUUAGAGUCAAAUUGUAGAAGAUCUUAACUGGCAAGCAGGCUCAGUUGUAUCUAUCCCAGAGACCAUGAAAAUCUACUGAGACUUUUUGAGCAGUGGAAUAUUAUAGGUUAUUUUUGGCAGCUGUUUGGAGGUUAGAGAUCAUAAGGAAGACCAGUUAGAUGCAAUAUUACAAUAGCAUGUGAGGAGUAAUAAGAGCUGUUCAAAUGGGGGGGGGGGGGUAAGCCAGGUGAAUGAGAUGAUAAAAGAGAUAUUGUGAAAGCAGAAUCAACAGGGCUUGGACCCAAGCCGGAGCAAGGCCCCACACUGCAGGGCCUCCCCAUCAGGCCAUCAUUUCUCCCCUUCUACUUUUUCCGCAUCCGAGAUUGGGAGCCGAAAGGGGCCAGGCCCAGCUGGGGCCCAUCCUUGCUCCUUCCAACCUGUCACUUGGCAGCCUCACCGUCCCUGGAAAGUGUGUGGGCUUCCCCCAGAAAACUUCCCUGUCCUGCUGGUCCCAGUCCAGGGCCCAGCUGCUCGUCUACUUCAGUCAUCUCUGAAUCCUUGAGACCCAGAGGCACAGAGCACAGUCCUUAAGGGUAGGAGGACUGGGGAAUGAAGAAGGUGACUGUAGGAGAGGAACUAGUGGGCAUUCUCCAGAACCAAAAAUCACCCUUGGAGAUGAGCUCCACAAAGCCCUCCCCAAAAGAGACCCUUAUGGAAACAUCUCAGGGUCUGAUCCCCAAAGAAACACUCUGGAGACCAACUUCAAUAGGGGAGGCCACCUCCAAAGAGACUCCCACAGAUACAUCCCAAGUACAGACUCAAACAGAAGAGACCAGAACAGACUCUUGGGAGUCCUUUAUGAAAAUACUCAUGGAAAAGACCUACACAGAGGAACCCCUAGAGGAGAUACCCAAAGAAACUCCCUCAAAAAUUCCCAGAGAAACACAGCAAGUAGAGAUUUCAGCAGUAGAAACCCUAUCAGAUACUCUCUCCUGGGAGUCCCUCAAAGAGAUACCUAUAGCAGGGACAGCUCUAGAUGAGAUGUUAACAGAAAAUCCCAUUGGAGAAUCUCCCUUCAGGAACUCAAAGGGAGAGCCUUCCUUGAAGGUGCUGGCAGAAGAAUCAAUCUCAAAAGAGACCCUCGAAGGAAGACCCUCAGGGGAGCCCCUACAUGUGCAGCCCCCACCAGAAGAGCCACCUCCUGAGGGCCCCCUCUCCAAGAUGCCCCCACCUUUGCACACCCUGUAUGUGAAUCACUUGAACCCACAAUUCUCAGGAGCAGUACUCUCCUGUCUGCUGCGGGACAUGUUUGAGCGUCUGCACCUGCCACUGGAGAGGGAGGCCAUUAGGGUGGUAAAGAAGCAUCGUCGUGCCCAUGCCCUGAUACAGGUGCCCACCUCGAUAGCUUCCAGUACUGUGGCCCAGCAGCUUCAGCAAGCUGCCGAGGAGCACGUGCUUCUGAAGGACCUCGUGGCAAGGGGCAAGAUGCUGGCAGUGAGUGAGGGCCCACGGAUCCUCUUCAGCAGAGAGAGCUUCCAGCCCACAGAUGAUGACAGCACCCACAACUGUGACUCUUACGACCACAGCCACAACCAGGCCUCCCGACCAGUCCCAGCCCGGCCCAGCGCUGGGCUCUCGGCAGACUGGCCUUCUGCCCCCACCGCCUCCACCCCACCUUCCAGGGCCCUCCGGCCCCACUCCCCCAGCUUGCCCUGGGCCGCCCGCUCAGACAGUGCCAUUGUGCACCAAGAGAUCGUGGGGCAGGAGAAGCUCUUCCAUGGCGCCUUCCUAGGCAACGAGACACGCAACAUGGAGUUCAAACGCGGGGGCGGCGAAUACCUGAGUCUGGCCCUGAAGCACCACGUCCGCCGCUAUGUCUGCGCCUUCCUCAACAGCGAGGGGGGCAGCCUCUUUGUGGGCGUCGAGGACAGCGGGCAAGUGCGUGGCAUCCACUGCGACCACCAGGAGGAGGACCGAGUGCGCCUGCUGGUGGACUCCAUCCUGCAGGGUUUCAAGCCCCAGGUGUUUCCCGAGGCCUACACACUCUCCUUCGUUCCUGUGAUAAAGGCCGGAGGCAGCAAAAACAACCUGCUCAAGGUGAUCCGCCUCACGGUGCACAGGCCCAAGGCCCGCUCGGAGCCGCUCCUCUACGAGACAGACCUGGGAGAAGUGUUCCUGCGGCGGGAUGGCAGCAUCCAGGGCCCGCUCUCUGGCAGUGCCAUUCAGGAGUGGUGCAGGCAGAAAUGGAUCGCAGAGCUGAACAAGCUGCAAAAAAGGGUCAGUGCCUUGACCAUGGAGAAGGAGCAUCUCCAGGAAGAGCUGAAUCGGGGCCUGUGCCAACAGCUGUGCCAGCAGCCCUCCUCCUGCAUCUGCUGCAUCAUGUGACAGGCCUUGCGAGCCACACCCCAGAGGCGGGGGCGGCCACAAACCGGAUCAUGCAUCUCGUCCAAAAGCGCACUUUGUCCUUGUGCUCGAACCCAUGCUCAGGACCCUCGAGGGAAGCCCUUAGGCAGGCUCCCCCACUGGCCCCUCCCUGAUGGUUCUCAGCUGUUUGAAACCAGCGCUGGUGAAGUGCUGUCCCAGGCAGGCACAGGUGGGGGGCAUGCAAAAAUCCCUUUUGAAAUGACUCAUUAUCAAUCCUCCACUUCAGGGGAAACUUCUCCCAGCCUCAGCUCUGAGAAAGCUGGCACUGCCUGUCAAUUUUCCUUCAUCUUCAAGCAACAACAUCGGGAUCCCGGAGCCCCCUGAGGGAGGAAGCUAGGAAGCUAGCAAGCAAGCAUAGGUUUGUCCAUGAAGCACUUAUGUUCUCAUGUGAUAGCCAUCAUUAACCUGCUCCCUACACAGGCCUGCUGGGAAUUGUUCUUUGCAAAGCUCUUUAAUAAAGUCAGUCAUAUCUGGGCCA